GCCUCUCGUCUCGUCGCAUCAGAGGGUCGGUUGUCUGGGGCAAUGUACUGUAGGCAACGUGACAGUCCGGUUUAAAAUCUGAUCACAAUAGUACAUCAGCACGGAUGUAUUCAUUUAUAUGACCAUUUAGAUUUAAACUUAAGAAGUGACAUACCAUCGUGAAUGGAGCCUCUCAACCCGCAAAAGGUAAUUUUUUCCCCCCGUAACGUACCAUCGCCUGCGAGGAAAUCUGACCCUCAGCUGCAGGAGGAGCGCUGUCGAGCCGGGCAUUUUUCUCCAGCGUCAUCCGAUCUGACACCAUAUACACUGGUUACAGUCUAACAGCCGUCACACCGCACAACACGGAGGUUUUCGACAGGUUGGACACACAAUUUUAAGUCACAAAAUGGCAGUUUUCAGCUCACAGGUGCUUCUUGCCGUGACAAGAUCAAGGGGAUCCUACAUGCUUUCUAAAAGACACAGUUGUGCUUCACUCCCGUCGACCGCAUGCAUAGGCUACCAUUCAGCGUUCCUCAGCCGAGCUCCCGUCACGGCCAAGUGUCCCAGGCCGCUGUACCCCUGUUACACAUCCAGCUACAUCCGCCCUGGUUGUGUAGCAGCACGUCCCCUCCACAGUUCUUGUGCUUGGCUUCAAGAGGUGAAGGACACCGCUGUGGGUUCUGAACCCAUCAAGGGUGAGUCUUUCCCUCCCGCCUCUGGCACUCAACCACCGCCAGCUCCACAAGCAGUGCUGAGGAAGUCCGUGGGACAGAGAGUCCUGGAUGAGCUCAAGCAUUACUAUCAUGGCUUCCGCCUUCUGGGCAUCGACACCAAAAUCGCGGGCAGGAUGGUCUGGAGGCUACUGCACGGGCAGCAGCUCACCCGGAGGGAGAGGAGGAGGCUGAUGCGGACAUGUGCCGACCUGUUCCGGCUUGUGCCCUUCAUCAUCUUUGUCAUCGUUCCCUUCAUGGAGUUUCUGCUCCCCGUAUUCCUCAAACUCUUUCCAGAAAUGUUGCCUUCCACAUUUGAGACCCAGUCCAAGAAGGAGGAAAAACAGAGGAAGGGUCUUGGUGCUAAACUGGAGCUGGCUAAGUUCUUGCAGGAGACCAUUGGUGAGAUGGCCAUGAGGAAUAAAGCAACUGUUGGAGACGAGACUCAGAGGUUCUCGACUUACGUGCAGCAGGUGAGGCACACCGGUGAACAGCCCACCACUAAAGACAUCGUGAAGUUCUCCAAGUUCUUCGAGGAUGAGCUGACGCUGGAGCAUCUGGAGCGGCCGCAGCUGGUGGCCUUGUGUAAACUACUGGAGCUGCAGCCCAUCGGCACCAAUAACCUGCUGCGUUUCCAGCUGAUGAUGCAGCUGCGCACCAUCAAGGCCGACGAUGAGAUGAUCGCCAAGGAGGGUGUGCCCACGAUGACCGUAGCCGAGCUCCAGGCCGCCUGCAGGAGUCGCGGCAUGAGAUCUUUGGGUCUGACCACAGAUCAGCUCCGACAGCAGCUACAGCAGUGGCUGGACCUGCACUUGAAAGAGAAUGUGCCACCGUCCUUGUUGCUGCUUUCCCGUGCAAUGUAUCUGACGGACCUCGCUCCUAAAACUCCAGUCAUCCCACCGGUGCCCAAACUGGAGAAAGUCACUCUUCCUCUUGUGGAGGCCGAAACCGCAGCUAAAGGGGAUCCACUGUCCUCCUCAGUGGAGAUGCUGGUGGAUUCUGCUCCGGUCAUCAAAGACCGAAAGUCUGAAGAAUUGUUGGAGAAACCCAGAGGGCUUGACAUGCCAUCACCGGAAGCUCAGUUAAUACAAGCAAAAGAGGCAGAGCUGUCACAGAAGGCCAAGAUGAGCGCGAAUGGGACGUGAGAGGCACUCCAUGUUUCCUCAUUCUGUUGGGAGAAGAGGGUGGAGGUCUCUUCCACCGCUGCUGCUUCUGCCCAGGAAGCGUCUCUCUCACUGUCCAGGAUUUCAGAGGCCUUGCCGUCUCGCACCUCUCAUACGGACCAGAGGGACGAGCCGCAUCACAUCCUCCAUCGACAUCUGGUCCUCAAAAAAGAGGAAAAUCAUUAAUGUUAGAAUUCAGACAUCACUCCAGCUUGACAUGUUUACAUCUUCCAUCCCCCUGAAGAUUUGACGAAUAAUCUAAAUUAACAUAGAAAAAAAAACACACCAAAAACCAGGAAAUGAAAAAGGAAACUCUCAAGACUUGCCACUCUUUGCUGAACUUCAUUGUGUAAAUGUGUAAAUAAAUUGUACAAUACCUACAUAUUAUAUAA